AUGGCACCAAAGAACAAAAAGGACGCCAGAAAAAGCGGUCCAGCCGCUACUGGGGUCUUCAAAGGAGACGAGAUACCUCCAACAGCAGUUGUCAUUGCUGAAGACCUUGCCAGUCGCUUUGAGCCGCUCGCCUCCCAUGUUCCGCAUUGUCUGCUUCCCCUGGCGAACGUACCACUCCUUCACUUCCCUCUCAGUCGACUCAUUUGCGAUGGCUUCCGAAAUAUCAUCAUUUAUGCCUGUCGACAUGCUGAUCACAUCAGUGCCUUUGUGGAAGCCAACAGUUAUGCCAAGCGCGUGCCUAAUCUCUCCGUCACUGUCUUCAACGGAAGUAGCAGCCGAUGCAUGGGGGAUAUCAUGCGGGACCUGGAGGUGAAUCAGUUGCUUCGCGGUGUGGAGGAGUUUGCUGUCGUGCCUGCGGAUCUCGUUUGCGACGUCAAUCUUGGCGCCCUGUUGGCGCGUUUCAAGGCACUUCGUAGCUCUGAAAUGAGCACCACUGUCAUGAACCUCGUACUCGCUGAUCUGCCCCAAUUCGCGCCCUCAGACACAGAGCGCCUUCAGGUGGUCUACUCCAUGCCUGGCCGAAAACUUAUCCAGUUUGUUCGCCAUGACCGGGAUGUACCCAUAACGUGUGGUGGCGACCUCUUUCGGCCUUCAAUGAAGGCCAAGUCUUUGGAGAUCCGAUCGCGGCUAUUGGAUCCUAGAAUUCUGCUUUGUAGCGGCCACGUACCUCCCCUCUUUCAGGUUAGUUAGAUAUCAUCUCAGCGUUUGUGAUAACAGUAUUUUACCGCAUUGGAGCUAUAAAUGGCCAUAUGCUGUGCGCCAGUAAUCGAGCUCAUUCGCCUACUCUUGGUAGCAACAGUGAUUUUCCACGAUGUUUUUUUAGAGAAGCUCGCAGGAGCUUUAGAAGAAUAAGACUCCAUUUUUUAUGGGCUGUUUAAAAAUAGAGUAUCAGUAGCCGAAUGUUAUACUGCAAGUAAAACAUGUAUGUUUCUUUAAUUCGCCGCAAAGACGUGCUAAUACGCUCCAUGGCCUCUUAGGAUAUUUCAUGUGGCGUAAUUUGGGAAAGUAGAGAGUUGUUCCGCUAGAAUAGAUCUUUUAAACGAUGGCGAUGAAUCGCCAGCUCAAAAUUUCUCGUCCAGUUAUUCUGUCACACUCGUCGUCUUGGCAAGUCAAUCGACCUUCCUAUCGUGCUGAUUUCCAUGUCCAACCUAUUCUAGUCUGAUUGACUUUGCAGGCAAAAUUACGAGGCAGCCGUCUUACGCACAGAAGUCUGACGGUGGGACAGACACCUAACGUAGUCAUGAGGUAAACUCUGGACAACGAGCGGCUCGCACAGUCAGAAGACUUCUUCCUCGAGCCGGAGUUUGACUUCUAACCUGAAUUAUUUCCUUAUGCUUUGCUUCUAAACUGCUCUGACAACUGCUAACUGGGCGAUUUGGUCGAUAUUCUCGUAUUUCGUGUCUUGAAAGCGAUCUGUCUCUUGUAAUGGCGUACUUUACCGAGUGGCUGUCUCCUUAUGACAGGUGUUUCGUCGACUUUGUGUCACCCACCUCAUCACAAUGGUCGCUUGAGUGAAAAGACUUAAGCCAAACUGAAAAAUUGACUGUGGGGACAAUGAGGCGAAUCUGUGCGCAAAUAAGGGCAUUUUGGCCUCUUUCCCAGCUUCGCAGUGUUGCAAAUUCCAGGUUAACAAGAGCAGGUUUUUCCGAAACUCUUCGGCUCAUCACUGGCUCUUGCGUAAUUUCUUUCGGUGUCUGUUGAUGGAUAGUCUGACAACGCAAGAUGGCACGACCUGACCACUGUCUUUGCUGUCGUACUUAUAUCGUAUGUUUUAUUCACGCCCUAUGUGAUACCAAACUUAUUGCCUAAAUCGUUUCUAAUACCUCUAUAACUGACCACCAGCAACCACCUUUCGUUUUUCCUUCGCCCGUGUUUUAUUUUCCUUUGGAGUUAAGGCUUCUUAUAUCAACCCCUGUUUAUUAACCCUCUCUUUCCAUUGUCAGGAUAAUUUCGAUUACGACUCUAUGGAUGACUUCGUGCAUGGUGUGCUGACCAACGAAGAGAUCAUGAACUACACCAUCCAUCUAGACUUCAUUCGCCCCGACAAGGUUGUCCUUCCUGCCGCUCCAAAUUUAACCCAUCUCCUCGAUAUUACACCCCGUCUUCUCACCCGCCUGGGCAGCGCCAUAAUACAACCGCCAGUUUACCUGUCCACAGGUGCGCUGGCUCGCUUGUCUGAAGGAUUGAUCAAUCACUUCACAAAGGUUUGCCAUCCACCGGUUGCCAUCUCACCAUCGUGCUACGUCUCUCGGUCUGCUCGAAUUCAUCCGACAGCCCGCCUGAUUGGCGCCUGCGCGAUUGGAGACAACUGCCAUGUGGAAGAGGAUGUCUGCCUGAUCAACACCUGUCUCGGAGAAGAUUGUUCCGUUCGAGCGGGAUCUCGACUGAGGAAUGUCGUUGCCGUCGCCAGCGUGACGAUCGGACAAAAAGUGAUUGCUGACCAAACUUGGAUAUGUCCGCAGGCGCGCAUUCUUGACGGAGUCCGUUUGGGACCCAAGUGCUUUAUUGGUCCUCCUGCAGCGGUCCCAGAGGGGUUACUUGACGAUCCUAAAAUGCGCGGUUCGGGCGUUGGCGUGUGCAUAGGACCCAAUGUCACACUCCCACCAGAGUGCGUUCUCGUGUCGCCAGGCCCUAACGAAGUACUUCUUCCAACAGAAGUCUGUGGUUCGAAGGGGUGGGCCACAUACUACCAGCCCUCUCGUAGUAAGGUUCGUUUUCGCAUCCACUGUAUUGUAUCCUGAGGAUUCCAAAUACCUUCUUUCAUCAAAGGCUCGGUAGUCCAAACGCACCCAACUCUUAACCAAAGACUUGAACUAAAUUGUCGAUUUCUGUGACUUGCCUUAUCUCAAGUUAAACUGAGAAGAAAUUCAUUCACAUCCUCGAAAUCCCUGGGAACCAGACUAAAUUUCCGUCUCAGUUUGAGACAAGGCAUCAAAAAAAUACGAUUUUAAGGCGCACAAGGGUUUUUCAGAAUUAAAACGACUGUAGACCUGACCGCAUUUAUGCGGCCGUAGUAUAGCUUGUGCCACGAUUUGCCCGAACCUCCAUUUGUGCUGAGUGCCACCAUCACCUACUUGCACUUUAACGGAAUUCGUUAUAACUGAAUCAGCCGUCCCCGAAUUUCGGGUUCAGUGCAUCAUAAAUGAUCGCUCCUCCCUACGGCAGUCGGUUGGCGGCGGACUUCUGAGCGAAUUUGAGCCAGUUAGCAUUCUGCUCCCUGGGCCGAAAACUGCAGGUCUGGAGGCACACUCGAGGUCAGCUCUCAGCUAGUCUAACCACAUCUUCAACUAAUUGCCUCAACGCCGUCGUCAGCCAUGGCAGGCUUCGGACGGUAUACCAUCAUGGACGAUUUCGUCUUCAGCCCUGCGCAACACAUGACCCGGCUACCUCGGUCAGUGGUUGAGAAGGGUGUGUUUGGCCGAGAAUCUUCCUGUCGUUCGCGGACGGCACUAUCGGAGAAGCCAGUUCGGUGAAAUGAAGUAAAAGCACCAUCAACUGGACACGUCCAAGCGUUUGACGCCUUCUGUACACACGGACCAUGUCUCACAUCAGUGCGAAGGAUUUUGUUAAACGUUUCCUUUUGCUCGUAACAUCUAGGUGAUCUCACGCCUACUCUGUGGGUUUAGGCUGAGUUGAACGAAGGUCGCGUGCCCAUAAUCAAUCUGAUGAUCGAUUUUAUCCUUAUCAUUCCCAUUUGGCAGAAAGUGCUAUCCAAGGUAGCAGAAACCGUCCAUUAACUGAGGUUUCGUCGCCCGCUAUGCCCGGACGAUAUCUCUGACCGCUAAGCCCUAGGCGUUCAUCUUUUCUUUGGUCUCUUCGCUUCUCAGGCCCACUUUUCGGACGGAGUUCUUUCUAGCUGGCCUCCUGUGUAUGUUAGUCAAUGGCACCGCAUCUUUGUUAUUCGAAUGGAUAAUCAUUGCUCUUGAACGCAUUGGUUAUGCGCAAUACUAAAGUGCGCACCUGCACGUUCUGACCCAUGCACGAAGAAACUGGGUUUCAAGACCCCCUUCUAGGCCUUUUGGGCGAAUCAAAAGGUUAGAUGUUGUCUUUAUAGCUUAUGACUCCAAUACGCAUGUUCGUCACCCCGCAUCGAAUACCCGUCUGACCCGUGUCCACUGUGGUGUCCGUUUCGGGGGAGACAACAGUUGAGUCAGUCUUACACAAUCUUGCUCGAACUGAUGACUCCUCUGGGGCAAAAUCAAGGCAACGUUUUGCCCCGGACCCCGCCACGCUCUUGACUUUGGCCUUUGGUUGAUCGGACCUCCGUCAGCUCUUAAACAGUCUCCUUAAUUAAUAGUGUUGGGAAUAGUAAAAUUCAUUGAUAUUUUGGCAGAUUUUGAAUAAUUCAUAUUGACCCAACUGUGAAAAACUCGGCGCCUCGGUGGGAUUCGAACGCAGCCAGCCAGCCUGGUAGUCAUCUGGUGGAUUCUAGGUGAAUUACUUAGGAAAUCCUGCUUGGGCAGUCAACUUACUGUAUCAGAUUUUGUGGAUUCCAGACGUUGCAGUAGGUUGGGCGGGUAACUUGACCCAAAUGUGAUUAAACUCGCGUCGUCCGGCGGGGCCUCGUAGCGGGGCCUCGUUAGAGCGUUGGCUGCGCUAAAGCCUUCCCCUUACUGCGCAGGUUCGAAUCCCACCGAGGCGCCGAGUUUUUCGCAGUUGGGUCAAUAUGAAUAUUAAAAUUGCACGACCAGUCAUGCUUAGACGCCAUGUCUAAAUUUUUCGCAGAUGUAUGGGUGAUUUUUUUUCAAAAUGGAGGGCCAAUUCUCCCUAACCAUCUCAGCAGUAUCUGCGUCUACAGAAGGCCCGUGCGCACCAAACCUUCGUAGGAUGGUAAGGGAGACAUUGAAACUCUGUCAUUUUCAGUUGGCAAUAUCGCUUUAUGAAUACUUCCCCCGUUUCUGGUAGCCCACGCCUUCCUUCUUUUUCCAGCUCUCAAUCUCUGCAGAAGGCGAAGAUAUCGGUAGCAGUUCCGACGAUGAGAGCUUGGAUGAGACUGAGGUUGUUCUCUGGCGCACUGGCUGGAGCCCACGUACCGCAUCUCGCAGCCGUAAUACUAGUCGCCUCUACAGUGGUGCCAGUGAGGACGCCCUCUCGACACAGGCGGAGACUGCACGCGCACGCACAAAGAGUACCGGUGACGAAGCCGAAGAGAGCGAGAAAGAAGAGGGGGAGGUUUCGGAUGAAUUCCUCGUUCAAGAAAUGUCGAAGACCCUUCAACGCAGUCUUUAUCGACAACAGCCAACUGAGGUUAUAAUCCUUGAGGUGAACUCCCUCAAGCAUGCCUACAAUAUUUCCAUUGAUGACUUGAUCUUCAUACUUAUCAAAGCUUUGUUGGACCUGACAGCUAGUCAGGUCAAGGCAAAGGAGACUACCGAGCCUCGCGAACAGGUCAAAGAGUUUGCUCUCAGCUUCAAGCAUAUACUCGGUCAGUUUAAGGAGGUGUUGGAAAAGUACCUCGGAAGUUCGGAGACCGGCAGUCAGUUCUGUUUGCAAGCCGUUGAAGACCAUGCCUGCUACAACCCAUUAGUGUUAGAAGCUGGUCAGUGGCUUAUUCACGCCCUAUAUGAUGCCGAUCUUGUAAGCGAGGAGACGAUACAGUGGUGGGUGAAAGAAUCGCCCCUGCUGGCCGACGAGGACCUUACCGAGAAGACCACUGCUCUUCGCGAGAAAAUUGCGCCCUUCCUGAAGUGGCUUGAGGAGGCCGAAGAGGAAGACGACGAUGAGGAGGAGGAAGAGGAAGAAGAAUAA